GAAAGCAGUCAUACUGGAGAGAAACCCUUUAAAUGCACUCUAUGUGGUAAAGCCUUCCCCUAUACCACUGAUCUCAUAGGGCAUAAAAGAACACACGCAGGAGAGAAACCUUACAAAUGUAAUCAAUGUGGUAAAGUCUUUGCAAAAAACAGUCACCUCAUAAGCCAUAGAAGAAAACAUACUGGAGAGAAACCUUAUGAAUGUCACCAGUGUGGUAAAGCCUUUGCACGAAACAGUCAUCUCAUAAGGCAUAAAAGAACACACACUGGAGAGAAACCUUACGAAUGUAAUGAGUGUGGCAAAGCCUUUGCAGAAAACAGUCAUCUCAUAAGCCAUAAAAGAACACACACUGGAGAGAAAUCUUAUGAAUGUGACGAGUGUGGUAAAGCCUUUGCAGAAAACAGGAAUCUCUUAAGCCAUAAAAGAAUACAUACUGGAGAGAAACCUUAUGAAUGUAACCAGUGUGGUAAAGCCUUUGCACAAAACAGUCAUCUCAUAAUCCAUAAAAGAACACACACUGGAGAGAAACCUUAUGAAUGUAACCAGUGUGGUAAAGCCUUUGCACAAAACAGUGCUCUCAUAAGCCAUAAAAGAAUACAUACUGGAGAAAAACCUUAUGAAUGUAACCAGUGUGGUAAAGCCUUUGCACAAAACAGUCAUCUCAUAAGCCAUAAAAGAACACACACUGGAUAGAAACCUUAUGAAUGUAACCACUGUGGUAAAGCCUUUGCACAAAGCAGUGCUCUCAUAAGACAUAAAAGAACACAUACUGGA